AUGGGUACAUUGGUGUUGCGGGUGUUGUCCAAAUCGUCUUGCCUGCAUAGACCGGACAAGGGAGGCACUGAGGUUGCUUUUCCAAUCUUUUCCACAGGUUCCCCUUCUCUACCGCUGGAAGGGCUGGGGACCGGUUCAGAAUUACGUUACGCGCGGGAUCUUCAUUCAUAUAAUUUCUUGGCUUUUCUGAUCACAGGGUGUUACGGCAAAACCUUGGACCAGCUUACGGCCAACCUGGACGAGGAUUCUCCAGACCUGUCCCACGCAGUGAAGCAGGAGGUACGGAUGGGCAAGACGGUUGCCUUCAUCACUUCGGACUCAAUCAAAGCUGACCUGGGCAAAUCCUUGUUCGUAUCAUUUCCCUUGGCCGAGCUCAUGGACUUUAUAUCUCAGGUUGAGUCAUGUCGUUUGCGGCUGUACUUGAAAUCUCGCUCCUUGGAACUGGCCUCUAGCACAUGCAAGAUUACAGAGCAGGAGCUGAGAGAGAUGAACUGGUCGUUGUUUAACGGACAGAAGCCAGCAGAGACCAUCCGUGAUUACACCACGCUGUUGAUUGCCUGCCCUAACACCGAGCUCUUGGCAACUUGCCAGGUGACUUUUGCCGACAUACUUCCACAUGUCUUCCCGGCUCUUUGCGACGCUUGGAGGCGCCUGUGCCUGCCCACAGAAAAGGUCAAAACACAGCUUCUCGGUAUCGGGCUCAUGGACGUGGAGACGGCUCAGAAGUGGCUCAGCGACAUCUCCAAGCGCCCGAUGUGUUGUAUCGGAGACCCUUUCGUGCAGGUGGCUUUACAUGUCGCAGACAACGGGAGGAGCGCUGGCAAAACGCAGGCAUUGGUGGAGAUGAUGCGGGAGUUGUCAGUCGCGCACAGAUCUGGGAGGGCCGAGAAGUCGUUGAUCAAGAAACAUGUGCACGAGGAGACAUUGGGUGGUUCCAAAAAGCGGGCGGGCCAGCAAGCCUGUGGAAUGGUCAAUGCGUGUAAGGCUGUGAAGAGGCACAGGGCAAUUUCUGCAAUGAACGUUUUCCAGCAGGAGUGUUUCAAAGGCCAGAGAGUGCGUAUUGGCACACCUGAGUACAAGGCAGUGCAGCAGAGGGUAAAGGACCAGUGGCAAUGCAUGAGUGCAGCAGAUCGCGAGAUUUACGCUCAACGAGCAGCAGAGCAGAACGUUCACAAGGAUAUUUGCGCCAAACGCUCCUUGAGAGAUGUUGCUGCGGCCAAGGCAUCAGCAGCUCCUGGAAAAGACUCUCUGAUCUGCGGCUGCACUAGUGGUUUCAAUGGCUUCUGGCUGUUUGUCAGUUGUGAAAUCAGACCAGCAAACAUUCCCAGCCGAUUCAGUUUGUCCAGGUCGCAGCACAAGCGACUGGGACAGCGUCAGCUUGAUCACUCACUUCAUCAGUUGGCAACCCACCCAGCUUGGAAGUCUGGCCUUGGGAUCAGCAAUCACGUGGCCGCCCUGGACCCACAAUUGGUUCAGGAAAUCGAUUGCGAGGAAGCAGCAGAACAAAUCAAGGAUGCUUUUGAGUAUGAUGCUGAACCCGUGCAGAAUCCAGAAUCCAUGCCGCGAAUGUUCUGUUCUUGUCAGGAGUCACACCCAGGUCUGUGCAAGGCGGAUGAUUGUUUUGCUCAUGUCCAGACUGCCGUGCAGCAAUUUCAACAGUGUCUGGAAGAGAAGAAGAUUCAAGGGUGUGCUCUUCUGAAACUCACGAAUGUCACUGAAGUUGCUGAGCCUUCGUCAUCUUCAUCGCAGCCUAGCCAGAUUGUGCCCGCGACACAAUGGUUUCUUAUGGGCUGUGUGAGCAAGCGGCCCUUGUGUCAUGUGCUCGGCAAGCUGGUUCCACAUCAGGAGGUGGCAAACGUUGUUACCCCAGAUGUGCGGGAAGAUUCUUGGCAGUUACAGACGAUGCAUGCUGUGCUGCGUGAUGUAGCCAAAAAAACACCAGGGCUCUCAGCAAAUAUGUGCGUGGAAGUUUGCUGGCACGAGUUUGAAGCUGUGGGUUGCAAUACGGCUCCCAACCAUCUUCUCGUGGGCACAAUGCUGUCGCAGUUUCGGGUCGGCCCCCGUGUGGUGCUACCUGCCAGAACCCGGGGAGUGAAAGUUGUCCCCCAACUUCCAUUCGGAAUGCAAUUGAGUGCUUCGCGCAAAACUCCAAGGAACAAGGUCGCCACGGCCAAAGGCAAGUGCAAGCCCCCAACAUCCGACGCCCAGAACGUUCCCCAAACACAUGAGGCCAUGCAAGAGCCAGCUUCCGGUGUUCUCGACGACGCAGCGCCAGACCGUUUUGCGUUUGUGUUCCAGGAGAUGCAUGAUCACAGUCCAUUGGCUCCAGGACAUUUGAACCCCGAUACGGUCACUGAGGUUGUGUCCGUUGCACAGAGCUUGCAAGGCCAGUUUGUGGAUGAGGCUGAAGAUGUGGCAGUGCCCUCCGGGCCUUCGCCAGCCGCUCGGCCUCCUACGCAGCCGCUUCCAUCAUCAUCUCGCUUCAACGACACUUUGGGGUUGCUUGGCUACACAGCGGCAAAGAGACGUUCUACGUGCAUGUCUUGUUCGCAGCCAAUCCACAAGGGCGAUGAGAAGUUUGAAUACUCGCACUCAUUAACGAAGCCUCACAAAUCACUGCAUCCGGAGUGUGUGGGUCAGAUCGCACCGUCUGCUGUGGAGCCGUCCAUUGCGUGGCUCCGGGCAGAGAUUUCUUCCAUGGGGUUGCAGCCAUCCCUGCGAGAUAGAAGACUGAUUUUCCAGGGAGCACUUGAAACGUUAGAAAGGAGCCGUCAGUGGAUUCAGCCGUGA